AUGGAAUAUCUGGAGAAACUGAAAGUUUAUGGAGAUCAAGUGAAAAAUGUCGUUGUUAAAUCAAUGGUUGAUACUGCUCAUGGCGGUCAGAAGAUGCUUAAGGAUGUUCUACCGGGGAAUUUAGUUACACGAGAAUAUGAACUAAUUCAACCACUUGGUUCUGCUGGACCGGGACUUCUGUGGCGCAUCUAUGGGGCAAUCAAACGUUCAACUAAACAAGAAGCGGCAGUAUUCGUUUUGGAAAAACGUUUGUUGGAUAAAUAUGUCAAAAAAGAUCGUGAUUUAAUUCUCGACGCUAUGAAAAAGGGUCUCGUUGCAUGUUUUAUCAAAGCUGCCUUCUUAUCAGAGAGACUUUAUAUUGUAGGUGUACAACAAUUAGCUAAGAUAAAACAUCCACGGGUUUUAAGUCUUCAGCAUCCAUUAGAAGAAUCCAGGGAUAGUUUGGCGUUCGCAACUGAAUCAUGUUUUGGUAGUUUGGCCAAUUGUCUUGGAUGUUAUGAUAACAUAGCACAGCCAAUCCCAAGAGAAUUUGAUGAUUAUAAAUUGUAUGAUGUUGAAAUUCGCUAUGGAAUUGUUCAGCUUUGUGAAGGUUUAACGUUUCUUCAUAAUGAAGUGAAAUUAUUCCAUCGAAAUCUGUGUCCUGAAUCGAUAAUUAUCAACUCCAAUGGUGCAUGGAAACUGUCAGGAUUUGAACUAUGCGUUCAAGGUUCAGCUGACGGAACAAACUAUCCGUUCCGAGAAUAUGAUGGAAAUAUUCCUCCAAUCAUCAAUCCGCCAUUGGAUUUCAUGGCACCCGAAUAUCAUACAACAAAAUCGUACGAUACUCAAUCGGAUAUGUUUUCAUUGGGGAUGAUCAUCUAUGCAUUGUAUAAUCAUGGGAAGACUUUCUAUGAAUGUCAUGAUAAUUACUCGACGUUUCUCAAGAUGUGUGAUGAUUUAAAAUCGAUUAAUAUGACGAAAUUAUCUAUUCUACCUGGUGAAGUGCGUGAUCAUGUCAAAAUGUUACUCAGUGUCAAGCCAGAACUGAGACCUGAUGCUGGACAAUUCUCAAAAGUUCCCUUUUUCCAAGACGUUGGAACAAAGACAUUAGAAUACCUCGAUUCUUUGUUUCAAGUUGAUAAUCUUCAACGUUCAAUGUUCUACAAAAGUCUUCCGCAAGUGGUCGACAAAUUACCAAUGCGUGUGAACUUACAACGAAUCGCAUCGGCACUUGAAUUAGAAUUUAUUAAUCCGGAAAUGAUUCCAUUCGUUCUUCCAAAUAUGUUUCUUAUUGCUGAGAAGGCGAGUAACGAAGAAUAUCAACGGUAUAUUUUUCCUAAACUAAAACAAGUUUUUAAAAUUCAAAAACCUCCUCAAGGAACGGGUGCGUCGGGCUGUGUUAUGCAGACACUUUUAAUCUUAAUGCGUAAUAUGAAUUUAAUGUUAACGAAAACGCCACCGGAAGACAUUAAACAGCAUAUUUUACCUGUGGUUUACAAUGCUCUGGACGCUGAGUCAUCACAAGUUCAAGAGCUUUGUUUAGCCAUCAUUCCAUCAUUUGCACAUCUGAUUGAUUUACAAGCUAUGAAGUAUUGUAUUUUGCCACGUAUAAAGAAGAUCUGUUUUGAAACGAUCACAUUGAGUGUCCGUGUGAAUUGUUUGAUCUGUCUGGGAAAACUGGUCGAAUCGUUGGAUAAGUGGAUUAUUAUUGAUGAAGUCAUCCCAUUACUUCAAUCGAUUCCAUCGCGUGAACCAGCAGUUCUUAUGGCAAUAUUAGGCAUCAUCAAGGUGGCGAUGUCAUCAUCGAAAUCCGGCGGUUUACCGCGGGAAAUCUUAGCAACAAAAGUUAUUCCAUUUCUAGUUCCAAUUUCAAUCGAAACAAGCCUGAAUCUCAAUCAAUUUAAUGCAUACAUGGCCACAAUAAAAGAUAUGUUACAAACAGUGGAAAUUGAACAACGAAAAAAACUCGAACAACUUUCUCAACAAGCAGCAAACACGCCGAUUGUACCGAUUGGCCCCACGGCAACUGAUAUACAGUUUGAUCAAAAAUCAUCUAUGAUCGAUCAGUUUAUGUUAGGUCAUGGUUUUAAUUCAGAAGUAGCUCAAAACAAGACAAUGGCAGCUACUUUCGACGGUAUUGCAUCUAGUGAUACUCACAAAUCGUUGCAAGCCUCACCAAAUCAAGCGGUAGCAUCGGACAACCAUUUAGGGAAAAAGGCAUUAACGUUAGAAGAAAAAGAACGAAUGAUGCGUGAAAGUGAUCAAUCUCAACGAAUGAAGCAACAAAGUGAAGUGAAGACACCAGUAUCAACAUCAACCAACGUUCCAUUAAUGUCAAUGACACCAAUGACGCCAGCCACAAGCUCUUCAUCUGCAUUUCUCAAAGAUUUCACCAAUAAUCUAUUCGAACAAAAACCAUCUCAACCAAUGUACACUAUGACAACAUCUCAAACAAUGCCCUCACUGUUACGUCCGACGAUAGCAAAUCCGACAUCUGUUAUGCACCCACGACCAUCAUCGAAUGCUACAGAUUUAACAUCUAGUCUUUUGAAUAAUAUUAAUUCUCUUGGCUCUCGACCGCAGACAACAGUACCACUGAAUUCUAUGAAUACGAAUAUGAAUUUCUCUCAGUUCAAUUCAGGGGUAAUGAAUGGAGGUAUGGGGCUAUUUCAGCCACCACCACCAUCGGGCUCAACAAUUGCUAAAACUACUCCAACAUUGAAUUCGAAAACAGCAGCUGCUGAACUGGACGAUCUCUUUAACUAA